UCAUUUCGAACAAAUGAAUUUUGAUCGGUAUUUGCCAAAAGAAAGAGCUCUUUCUGUGUAUCAUGUGACGUCACUGCAAUGAACAUUGACCCAGUUUUGACAAAUUACCACGCUUGGCUUGCACGUGAAAGCUGUCGCCUCGAUGUCGACGCGAUGCCCGUGGGGGUUAUCACACAGAUCAUGUUGUGUUGAAACGACGUUGAAACAGUCCCGGGACCUAUCUGUCUUGAAGAGCUUUAUUUACAAUCCGAGAUAUGGCUGUGAGGGCAAGGCAGACAGUGGACGGUGGCUUUGCUUGGGUCGUGUUGUUCGCCAUCUUCUGUGUCAUGGUAUUGUUGGGGAUCAUGCAGUACUCGGCGGGGGUUCUGAACACGGCCAUUCUAGAGGAAAUAGACAACGACCUCUCGAAGACAUCAUGGGUUGGGUCGACCAUGCUUGGCACCCUGACUUUGACAGGUCCCGUGGCUGGCCUGAUCACCAAAGCAUUGGGAUAUAGAGCGUCUUGCUUUGCUGGAGGGAUAUUGAUGCUCAUAGGAUUCACUGCUGCAUCCUUUGUUAAUGACGUCACUGGACUCAUUCUCACAUUUGGUGUUAUAGCAGGUUUUGGCAAUGGUUUAGCAUUCAACGCCUGCUAUGUGGUCCCAGGAUACUAUUUCAUAAAACGACGAGGAUUGGCUUAUGGUGUUACUGUGUCUGGAAUUGCGGUCGGCAUGUUUAUCACAGGACCUCUGUGUCAGCUCCUCAUGGACACAUACAACCUACAUGGUUGUCUGCUGGUUAUGGGUGCUCUGUUAUCAAACAUAUGUGUUGCUGCAAGUCUUCUGAAGCCAAUGUCGGCGAUGGACAACAAUAGUCAAAAUGAAAAUGUUGAAUUUGAAUCAUUUACAUGCACGGAGGGAUGUGCCACCAUCAACGAUCCAAUGUGCGGGGGUGUUCAUGAGAAUACAUCCAAUAUAAAGACGGUCCAACCCAAUGAAUAUACAGUGAAGAGAAUGCUCAUACCACCAGCGGGCUCAUCUUUUGGCCACGAUCAUUGUGUUAUAAGAGAUCAUAAUUCUCCUGACAUUGGGUGUGUACUCAAUGACACAAUCCACGAUGAAACAGAAUUACAGGUCAGACAUGGAUCCCAUAAACAUGGUGAUGUGAAGAUGGACGCACUGAUCCCAUUAUGUCGAACAGAAGAACACCAGUCAAGCACUGACACCGUUGUGAGUAAAUACAGCAGGCUCUCAAGAUGCUUUGGGCGGAUGAAGAUAAGAAAUAUUCCAAACAAGUACGGUUUAAUUUGUUUCUGCUUCAGCUAUUUUUUCUGGUUCUUAGGGGAAGGCACCGGUUUGUUUCAUUUACCUAAUUAUGCCAAGUACAAAGGAAGUACUCAAAACGAGGCUAGUAGUCUCUUUACAGCGAUGGGGUUCACGAGUGUAGCGUCAAGACUCCUUGUGGGGUUUGCUGCCAGUGAUCUUUCAGUUGGAUAUCUGACUCUUCACAUGGGGCUUCUUGGAAUAGCAGGGCUCCUUGCAUUGUUUUUCCCUCUGUUUUCAAACUCAUAUGCUCUGCAGAUGGUGUUUAGUGGGGCAUAUGGUAUGUAUACUGGAGGUCUUAACUCCCUUGUGAGCCCCUUAACCAUACAGCUAGUUGGACUGGAACACUUGGCUGUUGCCUUCGGUAUCGAGAACUUCUGCUGUGGUGUGGCGUUAUUCAUAGGCCCUCCUCUUGCAAGUUUCAUCUUUUCACAAACAGGGAGAUAUGAACUGACAUAUGUGUUUUCAGGAACUAGUCUCUUGACGGCCGCAAUAUGUGGAGGUCUCGUUGGAAUGUGUACAAACAAAACAUGUACCAGAUCGCAGCAAUCAACCGGUCCUAUACAUCUACAACCUGUUACUCCUCCACAAGAACAACACCUGACUGAUGUUUAGCACCGUGGACUGAAACUUCACACAAAAAUAUACUUAUUCAAUUGUUUUGAUUUUUCGUUCUUUAAUACUGAUAGGCAUGCAAUGUUGCUUUUUUAAUCUCACUCACUGAUAUUUCACGUAUCUAGAAUAUAUUCUAUUCUCGAUUUGAGUUAGACUUUACAUAAAUUAAAAUUAAGUUCGACUGGAAACUGAAGUAUAUAUAUAAUGUAGGUUGUGGAAACUGAAGGAAAAUGGUUAAUACCUUAAAUAUUUACUCUGAAAGGGGUGAAUUAAAGGAAACGACCAUGCAUAUUCUGGAUGGGAUGGGAUGGGAGAUCUGUUGUUGAGACCGAAUGUUGCUUCGGUCAGCGCUUCAAAAACGGUUCAUUUAUAUUCUCUGAAAAGAUGAGUCAAAUAUAUGCUGUACUCUAAAUCGUGUAAGCUAUUCAUUCAAGACCUGGUCAGCGUGUACCUGGACUCCUUAUUACAUUAAGUUCCUGUAGAUUCAGUGUAUAUCUUGUAAAGAGAAUAGUUAUUUCCUUUUGUUUAUUAUGAGUUCUGAAUUCAAAUAUUUCAGUUAUAUUUCAGCAAAGUCUGAAUCAAGAAGUGCGAUAUGGCAUAACGCUGUAUUGUAAGGUCCCCGCUGCCUGUACGGUGAUAGAAGCUUUGCAGUCACAUUACCAUCUCAUCCUACCGGGUACCCAUACACUAAGGAGGCAUCAGGUGCCACAAGUGUUUCAGCCCAAGAAACUCUCAGGAGUGAAGCUCCCGAACACUGUCACAUCCAACCACUCUACACUUAACUUCGACUGAUUUAAGACAGGACCACGUAUCACCACAUUUCAAUGUUUGCGAUUCUGUAUGAGCAUUAAAGUACAUACAAUCGUCAUACUACAGACUCUAAACUGAAUGUAUGCAAUGAGCUCGAUAUGUUGCCAUGGUAAUUAGUUGUUUGAACAUGCAUCGAACAAUGUAUAUACCUAGGAAAAGGUUGCUAUAUGUUGUUUUUUUGUUAUGAGAAGGAAGCUGAUUAUCUGAAGAUAUGUUUUGUAACUGCCAUGUUAAAAGGUUUUUGAGUGCAUUUCAAUUUUUUCCUCUUGUUCUUUGUCUCAUAUGACAUGUAGUUGUACUUGUGACUAUUGGUCGCAGCAUGGUCCUGCCCAUGACAAUAUAGAUCGUACAGUUGCAUCCAUCGUGAUGAUGAUGACACGCUCAUCCUUUACAAACUGAACAAUAAUAUGCUGUGCAAUCAACCUGUCCAUUGGUUUAACUGCGUACACAAACCUUUAUAACAAACUUUUUCUCAUGAAUCCAUUUGCAUUGAUCCUGUGAAUGGUGGUGAUCGAACGUGUAAACAUCAAUUUUCCGUAAAUAUAUAUUAACAGUCGAGUGUGUGUGCUUAUCUUGUGUAUCCUUUAUUAGGAAUACAGAAAAUAUCAUGCAACCCUUAUGAUGUGAGAGGUGACUGAAAAGUUCUGAGCCUAGCUAUGAUGGACAGUUAAUAUAGUUUCAUACGCACAUUAAUUUUCACAAUCCCCUCCGAGGU